AGUAUAGUUAGGUGGGAAUAUGGUACACUGUCUCGCGGGUCGCAGACGGGAGUCACUUUUUGCAGCGGUUUGCAUUGCGCAGGACGGCUGCAGUCGCGAGGUGACGCCGGAGUUAUGUGCCCUGGGCCCGCGGAUGUCAGAGGCUCAGCUCCAGGAGAGGAUGCAGGUCAUAUCGGAGAAGAGGAGACAGCUGGAGGAUGUACGCAGGCUGCUCCAGCACCUUAAGUCUAAGGCUCUGAGAGAUCAAUGGCUGCUGGACGGAGCGCCCUCUGCUGGCCUGGAGGACCAGGAGGCUGAAACCCAGAGCCUCCGGCACACGAUCCAGAGGCUGGAGCACGAGCUGGAGGAGCUGGAGACGGGCGAGGUGCUGCAGGAGACCAGAGGGGAGGAGGUGCAGGAGACCAGAGAGGAGACUGCUGCAGACUCCGUCAAAGAGGUCUGGGUUCACAGGAGGCCCAGGCCUGGCUCAGAUUUGCUCAAAGCAGCCACGUUCUCAGUGGAGAUCAGGGUGGAGAGGAACCGGCUCACGGGCGACACCAAGGUCCUGUCCUCCAGCACCAUGCUGCCCAAAGCCCCGUCUCACCUGGCCGUCAAGGUGUAUGAGGACGACCUGAGAGUGGUCCAUGCUGUGUGUGGGCCGGACUCUGUCCUGGAGAAUGGACUCAGACCCCUGAGCUCCUCUGAGGUGGAUGAGCUCAUCCACAAAGCAGACGCUGUGGGCGGGGCUGAGACAGUGGGCAGGGCUGAGAAAGUGGUGGGCGGGGCUGGGGCAGUGGGUGUGGCCUGUAAAAUGGGCGAGGCAGAGGAUGAAGGCGUGGCGGGUGAGGGCAAGGCCUCCCCCAGGAGGGAGAUAAGGGGCCUGGAGGCCCAGCCGGCAGUGGGCAGGGCCAGGGUGGAGCACCCCGUCUCUAUGGUGUUCAUGGGAUACCAGGAAGUAGAGGACGAGGGCCAGACCAAGAGGCUGCUGGGACUUCAGGGCCCGGUGACGGCCCAGUUGGUGCACAUCCCCGACCCGCAGGGCCCCCCGGCCAAUGGCAGCAAAGCUGAGCCUGACCCGCAGGGCCCCCCGGCCAAUGGCAGCAAAGCUGAGCCUGACCCGCAGGGCCCCCCGGCCAAUGGCAGCACAGCUGAGCCCGACCCGCAGGGCCCACCGGCCAAUGGCAGCAAAGCUGAGCCUGACCCGCAGGGCCCCCCGGCCAAUGGCAGCGCAGCUGAGCCUGACCCGCAGGGCCCCCCGGCCAAUGGCAGCGCAGCUGAGCCUGACCCACAGGGCCCCCCGGCCAAUGGCAGCGCAGCUGAAGUCAAAGGUCAUGAGGUGGGGGCGGGGCCAGGGGCGGAGCCCCACGCCGAGGAGGCGGGGCUGGACAGCAAGGAGAAACAGCCGUGCAGGUGCUGCCUCGUCAUGUGA